AUGCACGAAGAUGUGGAACCUGCAGGCAGCUCACAAUCUUUAGAUAUGGCGUCGAGAAUUCGGCAUCGAAACAGACGAGGAAGCAGACAGGAUGCAAAUCACGUAAUCGCCCCAAGUGAAGCUCGGACAUUAAAAGAAGAGAAGGGCAGUGAUGACAGCAAAAUAUCAGACACACGGCAAGAGUCAGUGAGUCGAGGAGGGCAGGUGUGGGCUCCGGAAGGUUCCACUGCUUUCAAAUGCCUGCUCUCUGCCCGCUUCUGUGCGGCGUUGCUGAGCAACAUCUCAGAUUGCGAUGAGACCUUCAACUACUGGGAGCCUAUGCACUUCCUGUUAUAUGGAACCGGGAUGCAGACGUGGGAGUACUCUCCUCUCUACGCCAUCAGAUCCUACGCUUACCUGUGGUUGCACGCUCUUCCCGCCUGCUUGCAUGCACACAUAUUACAGACCAACAAGGUGCUGGUCUUCUACUUUGUGCGCUGUAUCCUUGCCUUCUCCUGCUGUGUUUGCGAGCUUUACUUCUACAAGGCGGUGUGUAAAAAAUUUGGGUUGCAUGUGGGUCGCCUCAUGCUGGCCUUCCUGGUCUUGAGUUCUGGAAUGUUCAUCUCCUCAGCAGCGUUUCUGCCAUCGACGUUCUGUAUGUACUCGACGCUGGUGGCCAUGACAGGCUGGUUCCAGGACUCUCCCCCAUUGGCCAUUAUGGGUGUGGCAGCGGGAGCCAUUGUUGGCUGGCCCUUCUCUGCUCUGAUUGGGAUACCGAUAGCCUUCGACUUGCUGGUGCUGAAAAGAAAGUGGAAAAGCUUCAUCCUCUGGUCAGCUAUCGCGCUUCUGCUUCUGUUGGUGCCCUUGGUGAUGGUGGACUCCAGUUUCUACGGAAAACUCGUCAUCGCGCCGCUCAACAUCCUACUGUACAACGUCUUCACUCCCCAUGGCCCUGAUCUCUACGGUACCGAGCCUUGGCAUUACUACUUCAUGAACGGCUUCCUCAACUUCAACCUCGUGUUCGUCCUGGCCCUGUUCUCUCUGCCCCUCACCGCCCUCAUGGAGACCCUGCUGCACAAAUUCAACGUACAGAACCUUGGCCGACCCUACUGGCUGACUCUGUCGCCUAUGUAUGUGUGGAUGCUGGUGUUCUUCACCAGACCUCACAAGGAAGAGAGGUUCCUCUUCCCAAUCUACCCCCUUAUCUGCCUGAGCGGAGCAGUGGCGCUGUCCUCUCUGCAGAAGUGCUACCACUUCCUGUUUCAGCGGUACCGUUUGGAACACUACACGGUCUCCUCCAACUGGCUGGCCCUCACCUCCCUGUUGGCAUUCACGCUGCUGUCCCUGUCACGCUCCGUCGCUCUCUUCAGAGGCUAUCACGCGCCCCUGGACCUGUACCCAGAGUUCCACCGCAUCGCCAAGGACCCGUCUCUCCACUCGGUCCCUGAGGGCCGUCUCGUCAGUGUGUGUGUCGGCAAGGAGUGGUAUCGUUACCCCAGCAGCUUCCUCCUACCUAACAAUUGGCAGCUGCAAUUCAUCCAAUCAGAGUUCAGAGGACAACUACCUCAGCCUUACGCUGCAAGCCCAUUGGCUACUCAGAUGAUCCCCGUCAACAUGAAUGACCAGAAUCUGGAGGAGCCAACCAGAUAUGUAGACCUGCGACAGUGCCAUUACCUGGUGGACUUGGACACGGACACGGAGACGCCUCUGGAACCUCGCUAUGCUGCCAACAAGGAGGAGUGGAGCGUCAUCGCCUCCAAGCCCUUCCUCCACACAGCCAAAUCCUCUCCUUUCUUCAGGGCGUUCUACAUCCCGUUCCUGUCGGACCAGCGCACCAGCUACAGCCGCUAUGUCAUCCUCAAGCCACGGCGGCCCAAGCUGCCGAGGAAGCGCGGCCACGGCUGACCCCUGACCCCCUUCUCUCCCCCCCGCCCUCGCCCCCCCCCGACCCUCCCACGCCUCUCCAUGCAUUCCGUGUGUUUGUGGACGUGUGUGCCGAUGUGAAGGUGC